AUGGCUACAGAGAUGACACGUGGCACUAUCCUAGCCUUACAUGUAGCGUUUGCUUAUAUCCAGGAUCUGAAUGCUGGUGUGGCAUUUGAUGCUUUCAUCCGAGGUUUGAGACCUGGAAGUUUUAAGUUCGAUUUGGUUAAAAAGAAAAUAACCACCCUAACUAAGGCCCUUAAGGAGGUCGAAGCUUUUAUUCAUGCUACGGAAGUUUAUGCGGAAGCAAAACAUCCGGAGGCAAAGAAAGUUGAAGAGGCUGGUCAGCCAAAAAAGAGUGUCCCCAAGAAAGCUGAAACUUGGGCAAUGACCUCAAUGACAACUUCGUCCAAAAGAAGCAGAAGACCUGAACCGGCAGCCUCAGCUGAGCCCAUAGAGUUCAGCAAGGAUCAGUAUUCCAUUCUCAUGGAGAUCAAGGAUCAGCAUGAGCUGAAAGCGCCGGUAGAAAUGAAGACGCCCAACAGAAACAGGGACAAAAGUAAGUACUGUCAUUUCCACAAAGAUUGUGGUCAUGAGAUGAAUGAGUGUAAGCAUCUGAAAAGAGCAUUGGAAGACUUAGCCCGCAAGGCUAAAAUGAACUCUUAUCUACCUCAAUCCAGUAGAAAAUUCCAGAAGAAGGACAAUCGUCAGGGAAGAAGAAAAGAUGAUGAGAGCACUGAUGAGGAUGUGGUGAUGGUAAUUUCUGGAGGAUUUGCAGCCGGAGGUCCUACAAAUCACGGCCACAAAAACUAUUUGCGGGAACUCAGCCAGGUGAUGCUUACCAACCAGGCAGAGUUUGACCCUUUCCCCAAAAUAGUGGUCAGCGAGCAAGACCAGUGGAAGAUAAGAACGCCUCAUGAUGACCCACUGGAGGUAGAGAUGAAAAUUGCAAAUCUCAGGGUAAGACGGAUCCUGAUUGAUACAGGAAGUUCUACCGAUAUCAUCAGUGCGGAUUGUCUAUCAAGGUUGAAGUUUGAUGAAAAUAAUUUAGUUCCUGUCAAUCAUCCUUUUAUUGGCUUCGGUGGAGGAGUCAUUCAUCCCAUGGGGACGGUCACCUUACCCGUCAGGGUGGGAGAUAAGGAGGUUGCCCGAAUGCUUUUUGUAAAAUUCUUGGUAGUACGAGAUCUGACAGCUUAUAAUGUCAUUCUCGGACGACCUACCUUGAAUCACAUCAAAGCCGUCAUAGUGACUCAUCUGAUGCUUAUGAAAUUCGAGUGUGAUGGUGGGAAGAUUGGAUCUCUUUAUGGAGAUCAGCAGGCCGCGAGAGAAUGCUACCUUACCACCCUAAAACCAUCAUCAUGGAAAGGAGAGAAGUCAGAGCGGCCAAGGGCCAUGGAGGAUGAACCAGCCGAGAAGUUAAAAGGCUAG